UGACCUUCGCACCACCACAAUGAAUCAGGGAAAACCUGUCAAAUCCUCCUAGCUCCCGGGCUGUGCGAUUUGCUGUUCCUUGCUGUUCACCAGACAGCAGCUCUUCCCACCCAAAGCGCAGAAGAAGCCAGCGAGUUACAAAUGACAGCUGAAAAGUGAAGCAUUAUCAAAAGCUGUGUGAGACUCUGUCAAAGAGAAACUUGAUAUAGUAAUUCUCCUUCUGAGCCUGGGAAACUGCGUAUCCCAUCAGUUCCAAAGAACAGAGAGAAGAUAUGUUCAAGUAAGCAAUACCAGAGAUUGCUCAAAGUAAUACAUAUAUUAGAGUAGCUACACACAGUGAUCUACAGCAAUUAGAAAUUUCCAUUCAGAAUGGAUGAUGGGUAUAGAAACACAAACCUCUAUCAAGGGGGCAGAGAUGCAAACCAAGUCUCAGAUGACUACAGGUACCAGGAUGGUAACUACGAAGGGUAUGCACCCAAUGACGGCUACUACCGUGGUGGGCAUGAGCCUGCUCAUGAAGAAGAUGCCCAGAGUGAUGUUACAGAAGGCCACGAUGAAGAUGAUGAGGUCUAUGAGGGAGAGUACCAAGGGAUUCCACACCCAGAUGACAUUAAAGAGAAGCAGAAGAAACGAGCUCCUGCCAUGGCUGAUGAAUACAGAGACCGUGCUGACCUUAUGGCAGAGAGGAUGGAGGAUGAGGAGCAACUUGCCCACCAGUAUGAGAACAUCAUUGAGGAGUGUGGCCAUGGACGCUUCCAGUGGACUCUUUUCUUUGUUUUAGGGUUGGCACUGAUGGCAGAUGGGGUGGAAGUGUUUGUGGUUGGAUUUGUUCUUCCCAGUGCUGAGAAGGAUAUGUGCUUAUCCAGUUCCAACAAAGGGAUGCUAGGUUUGAUAGUCUACUUAGGAAUGAUGGUGGGGGCUGUCAUGCUGGGCGGCCUUGCUGACAAACUGGGAAGAAAACAAUGCCUCAUCAUAUCACUUGCAAUCAACGCUGCCUUUGCGUUCCUCUCCUCCAUCGUCCAGGGAUAUGGAUUCUUCCUCUUCUGUCGCCUUAUCUCGGGCCUCGGUAUUGGGGGUACCCUCCCUAUCGUGUUUGCCUAUUUCUCUGAAUUCCUAUCUCGUGAGAAGAGGGGGGAACACCUGAGCUGGCUUUGCAUGUUCUGGAUGAUUGGUGGCAUUUUUGCCUCAGCAAUGGCUUGGAGCAUCAUCCCACAUUACGGCUGGGGGUUCAGUAUGGGAACCAAGUACCACUUCCACAGCUGGAGAGUCUUUGUGCUUGUCUGCUCUCUGCCCUGUAUCGCCUCCCUGGUGGCACUCAAAUUCAUGCCUGAAAGCCCACGGUUUUUGCUGGAGAUAGGUAAACAUGAUGAAGCCUGGAUGAUCCUCAAGCAAGUUCAUGACACCAACAUGCGGGCCAAGGGAGAGCCAGAGAGGGUGUUUACGGUUUCCUAUAUCAAAACUCCAAAGCAGGUGGAUGAAUUUAUCGAAAUCCAGAGCUCAACAGGGACCUGGUACCAGCGGUGGAUGGUCAGAAUCUCAACUACUUUUAAACAGGUCUGGGACAACGUGCUAUAUUGUUUAACAGCCCAGUACAGGAUGAACACACUGAUGCUGGCUGUGGUUUGGUUUACAAUGGCCUUAAGUUACUAUGGCCUUAUUGUCUGGUUCCCUGAUAUGAUCCGGUAUCUCCAAGAAGAGGCAUAUGAAUCCCGAAUGAAGGUCUUUGAUGAGGAAGAAGUUUCACACUUUACCUUUAAUUUCACCCUGGAAAACCAGAUCCAUAGAAAUGGGGAAUACAGAAAUGAUAAGUUUAUUGGCAUGAAGUUCAAGGAAGUGAGGUUUGAGCAUUCUUUGUUUGAGGACUGCUACUUUGAAGAUGUGACAUCCAGCGAGACCUUCUUUGAAAACUGCACCAUCAUCUCUACUAUCUUUUAUAAUACUGAUCUCUAUGAACACAAAUUCAUCAACUGCAGGCUCAUAAACAACACGUUUAUGCACGAGAAGGAAGGCUGCCAUCUGGACUUUGAGGAGGACAAUGAUUUCCUGAUCUACCUGGUCAGCUUCCUGGGCAGCCUGUCCGUGCUUCCAGGCAACAUCAUCUCUGCGUUACUCAUGGACAAAAUAGGGAGGAUAAAGAUGAUCGGUGGCUCCAUGUUGAUCUCAGCAGUGUGCUGCUUCUUCCUCUUCUUUGGCAACAGUGAGUCGGCAAUGAUCGGCUGGCAGUGCCUCUUCUGCGGGGCCAGCAUCGCUGCCUGGAAUGCGCUGGAUGUGAUCACUGUGGAGCUCUACCCCACUGACAAAAGGGCAACAGCCUUUGGCAUCCUCAACGGGCUUUGCAAGUUUGGUGCCAUCCUGGGAAACUCAAUCUUUGCCUCCUUUGUAGGGAUAACUAAGGUGGUUCCCAUCCUUCUGGCUUCCUCUGCUCUGGUUGGAGGUGGCCUGCUAGCUUUGCGCCUGCCAGAGACUCGAGAACAGGUCCUGAUGUGAUCAAGUGAGGCCAAAGAGGUUGUGGGGAGGCAGAUG